AAGGACAGAUCGCGGAUAGGACAGUGAGGGUAAUUCGGUGACUAGUCGCUAGCUAGUUCUUUUGCUGUAAUUUUAAUACUGUUCUGUUAAUUCAGUGUAUCUGUUUAAACGCAAAAAGGGACUCUCUAUCUUGAGAACUCAAAGUUAGUACGUAAGGUGAGGCAAGCGACUGCAUGCAUGUGCCUUUACCUCGCGACUGGGAGAGAGAUGGAGAAGGACGUACCCACAUCGCCAUCCGUUUCCCCUAUACAAUCCCCAACGAACGCAUCCAAAGCCCUUUCCCAUUCCCCAUCUCUUCCCCAACCCUCUGCAACUGUGCUGCACCAAGCCGCUCCUUCUUAUUCCUCGUGCCCCGCUCCAUUGUCUGGAGGUCUUAACACUCACUGCCUCAGUCCCCCGACUCCAUCUGACCAGGAUGACCUGACCUGCCUAAGCUGGCUGCAUCAGAGGAACUUACUGCCUCUGCAGCACCUUCCCAAGAUGCCCACACUGCCUCAGUUAGAGUCACUGGAACCCCUCCCCACCCCAAAUCUACCUCUGUCCCCAGGCAAACCUCCAUAUUCUUUCAGUAGCCUCAUCUUCAUGGCAAUCGAAGACUCUCCAGACAAAAGGCUUCCCGUUAAAGGUAUCUAUGAGUGGAUCGUCAACAACUUCCCUUACUAUAGAACGGCUCCGAGUGGGUGGAGGAACUCGGUCAGACACAACCUGUCCUUGAGCAAGAGCUUUCAGAGGAUACAGAGGGACAAAAGUCAAUCUGUUGGAAAGGGGUCACUAUGGUGCGUUUGCCCAGAAUAUCGACCCACUCUUCAGGAGGUGCUUAAGAAAACACAUUAUUGUCACAUCAACAACAGUAGUUUGCUGAACAGUCCUGUAUUAUUGGAGGCAGCAGAUUAUGGACAGACCCUCAUGGGUGACACUACAGUGAUUUCAGACAUGGAUUUGAAUAACCCUUCAAUGUCGUCAUGUUCUUUGAUCCCUGACCACGAGGAGCUGGUGGCCAUCGAACUAACAGAAGAGGCUUGUGAGGAGUCUGAGAAAGAUCCACUCGCAGACAGUGGCUACAUCGAGUUCCACUAUUAUCAGGAUCAGCAGUACCAGUACCUGGUCCUACCAGGGGAUACUGAACUGGAUCUAGAAACAGUCGAGAUCCUACAACUUGAUGCGGAGGCGCAAGAGGCUGCAGGAUCACUGCUUGACUUAGCAGGAGGAAGCCACUGAUCUGGACAUCUUGAUGGAGAAAUAAUAGCUGCCAUCACCAGUAAUUUACUUUUUUUGAUUUACUGCUACUUGUCUAAGGACAUAUUGAAACUGCCUGAAAUCCGAUGUUGUUAUAGUGUUGUAUGCACCACAUUUUUACAGUUUUAACAGAUCAGUAGUGGGUUGAGUUGUAUAACAUGAGAAUCGAUAGAAAUUAAUGGAUUUGAUCAUACAUGAAUUUACUUAUUUGCAUUCAUUUAAAAUUGAACAUGGAUAAAACUGCUUUUGAGGGACCAGUGCUGAUGUCAACUAUGGGUAAAGGGGCGAAGGUUGUAUAGAGUACUGUGCUCUAAUACAUAUUGCAAAGUAAAAGAAAAGUAUUUACUUACAUAACUGUGGCAUACAUAACAUUUUAGUAACAACUGUAGCAUUUGAGAGUCUGGAUGUGGUUUGGAAUGUAUUAUUCAGAUUAUACCAUGCUGUAAACCUAAGGCAACUCACCCUUAAAACAAUGUCUUGUUUGAUAGACAUUUGUAGACAUCACUGUUUAAUGUCAGAAAACAUAUUUAGUGCUCUUCCAAUAGCUAGUUCAGUAUAUAGUUUGUGUAUUUUCAUGGUAUACGUCAUACGCAUAAUAAUUUAUGAUGUGUAAUAUUUGAGACAAACUGCCAGUAAUUUCAUUCUUUUGUAUAGAAUUUGUAAUGUCUGAUCUUUGUUCCUUGUUGACUCAUUAACAUGGUACUGUUGAAAUAAAUGUUCUAACAUUUAUUUUUCUGUCGAACCUAGUGCAUGGUAUUCCAAAUUGUUUAUUUGAAUAAAGUGUUUAAUGAUGAUUUGAGUAGUUUAGACCAAAAGGUCCACCUCCUGUUUAUAUAUAAGACACUUGGCAAUAAAUUUCUGGA